AUGAAAAUAAUAAAUCCCGUCACUAUAUCACACUCGGGAUAUUUAAACUUGCAAAACUACAGACGCAAUAAUCAUGCAAAACAUAUUCACUGUGAUGUUCCUUGCAUAAAUAUAAUUUUACGUUCAGAUUGUAAAAUGCAUUCCAGUCUGUAUAAUUAUCUACAAAAGGAAAAUGCGCAACAAGAGAUACAAAAUGAGAGUGCACCACUUUUUCAAAUCAACGAAAAUUCAAUGAAAGUUGAUUUUAAACCAUUAAAUACGUCUCAGUUUAACUCGUUUAAUGGAAAAUAUAAUCAUACUGCUUUUAAUACAGAAAAUUGUUUUAAUGUGUCGCAGUUAGUAGGAAUGCAAUAUGAAAAAAAAUAUAAUCAAGGACAAUCAGAAAUAUUAAAUAAGGAUAAAAUAAAAACUUUAAAUGCAGAUAAUGAUAUUGAAUCUAGACUAAAGGUAAAUGAAUUUGUUAAAUAUCAUGCAGAAUUUUGUAAGGAAUUGUCCACAAAAAGUUUUCCCAUUAUAAAAUUGGAAGCUACAAAACAAAUAAAUGAAAAUAUUGAAGUUCCUAAAAAAAAAGAUUCGUCAUUGAAUUUCGAGAAAACGAUUACGAAAAAUGAAUCUGUAAAGUUCCUAAAUGAUUUAAAAUUAACUACGGAAAAUAUAGAAUUAAAACCUACAAAUAACUUAUCUAAUUUCCAACUUACAAGAUUGGAAAAUCUACUAAAACCUGUAACUUAUACAUCGUCUAAAAAAUUUUUAUACACGAAUUAUUUUAGAGAUCCUUAUAUUACUAGAAAUUUAGAAGAAAAUAAUCAAAUUCAAAAUACUAUUUGUACUAAUGAAACAGAAAAUAUUUACAAAACAAAUUGUAAAAAAUACGAAACAGCUAUAAAUUAUAAAAAGGAUAAAUUUUAUGAAAGUACAUUAGAAAAUAAAUUUACAAAUUUGCCAUUUCAAAAAGAAAAGAUCUAUGCUAAUGUAAAUUGUAACAAAAUCAAUUACUCUACAUUAAAUAUAAAACAAAAUGAAACUGACAACAAAACUUCGGAUACAAAAUUUAUGAAUCAUACAUUUUUGAAAUCUACAAAAGAUUUUGAUCAUAGUAUAUGUGAAAAUAAAUGUGUAAAUACAAUUGAUAAUACUUUAGAUGUAUUACAAAAUAUGCUAAAAGAUGUUAAAAAAUUCAAAAAUAAAAAUAUGACAAAAUUUAAUGAUCAAAGUUAUCAAUUUAAAGAAAUACAAUCUAAGAAAAAAGAUAAUUACUGGAAUGAAAAUUUAACUUUUAAUUCGUCAGAAACGAGAUUGGACUUUAUGCAAAUGUUACAAGAUAUUAAGAAACAGACGGAAACAUUAGAAGAACAAUUAGUUAUUAUGAACAAAUGUAAAAGAGAAAAAAGAAAAAUAAAUGAAAAAUUAAUUUAUACUUCAAAAAAUUAUAAUUUUCAAGAAAAAAAAAAUAUAAUUACACAAUAUCCUGAAAAAAAAAAUAUUUGUAUACAAGAUUCAUAUUCAUAUUGUGAUUUAAAAUGUCAAUGUUCAUUAUUGAAACCAACAAAUAAUUUUUAUUCACAAUAUGAAAAACAAAAUAUAAUUCUAUUACAUGGAAAAAAAAUUGCAAUAGAUAAAAAUGAUAAAAAAAAAAACAUUAAUUUGCUAGAAUGUCGUGAUGAUUGCAUAAAAAAAGUAAAGGACAUCCAAAUUCAAUGUGUAAAAUCACUAUCUUUUCAUAUUCUUGAUUCGAAGUUUAAACUCGCAACUUCACUUAUAUCUAAAAAAGAUUGUACAUCAAAAAACAAGAAAAGUCUUAAUUAUGUAUCCACUUGUAUCCAAACAGAUAAUUCACAAGCAAUGCAAGUUGAAAAAAUUCCAUCAAAUGAAUUAAAAAGUUUAACAGAACAAAAAAAUAAAACAAUUGAUUCAGUAAAAAUAAAUAAAAAGUCAGUAUCUUUAUGUUGUAAUAAAAAUGCUAUUAUAUUAUUAAUUUUAAAAAAGAUAAAUAAUAAAUGUUUAAAGUGCAAAUAUAAAAAAAAAAAGUUUUUGCAUUUUAAGCCGAAAUGUAAUAUUAAUUCGCAUAUUAUGUACGAUCAGAAAAUGAUUAAAUAUAGAUUAUCCAGAGUACAGAUACCUAUUGUGUUCAAAUCAACAUACAUAAGAUGUAAAAGUGAGGAAGAUUUUCAUCUUAAUAAAAAUAAUUACGAACUCUGUACAAAAUAUUCAACAAACAAUUGUAAAAUAUCUGAUUUAGUAACUGUAUGCACGCAAUCAUCUAAUUUAUGGAUCACUACUGCCACCUCAAUUUCUUCUACUUUAAUUAAUAACAAUAAUACUAAUAAUAAUAAUUUCAAUAAAGAAAAAAUUGAAAGAAAAGAAGGCUGCACAAUAAGUUAAUAAUUGAUACAAAACAAAAUCAAUAAUAUUUGUAAUUAUUUUUUUUAAAUAAAAAUAUAUAGAGGUGGUAUUGUAAGAUUUUAAUUAAUGUAAUUUGACAAAAAAAUGUGAAUAAUGAAGCAAGCAAUAAAAUAUAAUUAUUUCCAGAUAUAAUUUACGUUGUAAUUUUAUAUGUAUUUCUCUUAUAUUUUUGUAUUUUUUAAAAUUACUGUAAAAUUGACAACAUUUGUAAACUAUAAUUUUACGACAGAUUUUUCGUAAAUUUGUAAGAGAUGUAAAUUUUAAGGUAAAAGAUAUUAGCGCUAUGAUAUAAUAAAAAUUAUUAAGUAAAUUUAUCGAAAAUUAUUCCUUUUUUUUUAAUGAAUUUUUUCAUAAGCUAAAAUUUAUUUAAUUAUUUGUUGAAUUAAUGUUUUUUUUUAGCAUUUUGUUACAUUCGAAAAUGUUAUAUUUUAUGAAGUAGAAAAUAUUAUACUUUAUAAAGUUCUUUAUAUUUGUUACCGAAUUUAAUCAUAUAGAUGAAAACAUGUAAAUAAAUUUUUACACAGUUUUAUAUAAACAAGUAAAUAAAUAUCAAAUUUUAAAGAGACGCAAACUUUUGGAUCGCAAAAUGUCAGAAUAAAGUAUAAAAAUAACAUACAAAGUAAUUAUUGUAUUUAACUUAUUCUUCAGAACAUAUGUAUACGUGUAGAUGAUAAUGUGGCAAAGCGAUAGCAAAAUUUUUCGGAAAUUUAACCAAGAAUAUUGUUACUAAAUUUUUUAAUCAGGUACGCUGAGACUUGCUUGCUUCUAUAAAAAGUAUAGUGCAGUCUGAGAAUAAACAUUCAAAUAAUUCUUAUAUUUAAUUUUAAUAAUUCUCUUUUAGUAUUUAGUAAUUUAUUAUAUCAUUCUUUUAUUCCUUUACACAUAUUGUUAUGAUCUUGAUGAUCGUACGAAACGGUGAACAUGUAAACUAGAUAAUUACAAAUAAUAAAAAUAAAAAGCCUCUCAUAAGAUUUCUUUUCUAAA